UACACCGGAGCCACAAGUCGCAUCUAGCAGGUGCACAACCUAGAGAUAAGUCAUAAAUACGAGGCGAGUAAUGACGUAGUAUAUGGUGUUUAUCAUUAUUCCAAGGACAGAAGGUAUCGUCACUAUAAACCAAACCCUUGUGCUUUCACUGGAAUAAUGUCACGAACCUCCUGAAUCUACUUCAAGUGACGCCAGAGGAAGAAGCAUUGCUUUGUUACACAGCCGUUUAUUUAGAGACUGGACAAUCUUUCUUCAGUGGUAAGAGUGUGUGUCAGCUGAUGGGCUUUCUCCAGAGUAACCACAAUCUCUCCAUAUUUAUACCAUUAACUCAGUCAACAAAAUGUCUGGCACCUACACACCAGCUCCCGGUGGACCGUUUUCUGCUCUCACCCCGAGCAUGUGGCCCCAGGACAUUUUGGCCAAGUACCAUCAAAAAGAGCCUGCAGACCAGCCUGAACUACAGUACGAUGAGUUUGGCUUCAGAGUAGACACAGAGGAGAGUGGGGAGACCAAGUCCUGGCUGGGCACUGAGGGCUCACCUCAGCGUGAAGACCCCCAGCAGCGACUGCGCUGGCAAGCCCACCUGGAGUUCACCCACAACCACACAGUGGGUGAUCUGACUUGGGAUCUUAUCGAUCCUGUCCUGCCACGUUCAGACCGUCUGCGUUCCCUGGUGCUUGGCGGCAUUCCUCACAGCAUGAGGCCACAGCUAUGGAUGCGUCUGUCUGGAGCAUUGCAAAAGAAGAGAACCUCAGAGAUCUCCUACAAAGAAAUCGUCAAAAACAGCUCUAAUGAUGAAACUACCACAGCAAAACAGAUAGAGAAAGAUCUGUUACGGACUAUGCCAUCCAACGCCUGUUUCAAUAACUUGACCAGUGUUGGAGUACCCAGGCUGAGACGAGUCCUGAGGGGCUUGGCGUGGCUCUACCCAGACAUCGGUUACUGUCAGGGCACUGGCAUGGUCAUUUCCUGCCUGCUGCUCUUUCUUGAGGAGGAGGAUGCGCUGUGGAUGAUGUGUGCCCUGAUUGAAGACCUCCUUCCUCCAUCUUAUUUCUCCUCCACUCUGUUGGGAGUCCAGACAGAUCAAAGAGUUCUUCGCCAACUUAUUGUUCAGUACUUACCAGCCCUUGACCGUCUUCUCCAGGAGCAUGACAUAGAGUUAUCGCUGAUCACUCUGCACUGGUUCUUGACAUCAUUUGCCAGUGUGGUGGACAUCCGUCUGCUUCUAAGGAUCUGGGAUCUGCUCUUUUACCAAGGCUCACUGGUGCUCUUUCAGGUCACACUGGGCAUGCUGAAGAUUAAGGAGGUGGAGCUUGUGUCAUCAGAAAACUCUGCGUCUAUUUUUAAUACUCUGUCGGACUUGCCAAGUCAGCUGAGAGAUGGGCCGGCAGUUCUUGGGGAGGCCAUGAGGUUAGCAGGGACAUUAUCUCAAGAAACUCUGGACGCUCACCGACACAAACACCUCGCCUAUAUCCUAAACGAACAGGCUCAGCUCAAUAAUGGAAACAGUACAGCACUCAACACCAGUCUCAACAAGGUGGUGAGGAGACAGUCCCUGCGCAGGAAAUCCACUCUGACCUCUCUGCUGUUUGGAGAGGAUGAAGCAGAGGCCCUGAAAUCCAAAAACAUAAAGCAGACAGAGUUGGUAGCUGCCCUCCGAGAGGCUAUAGCCCGCACUGCAGAGCAUUUCCACUGUCUGGACCCACGUCACUCCAGCACUGAACUGACUCCAGACUACUCCAUGGAGAGCCAUCAGCGAGAUCACGAAAAUUUUCUUGUGGUGUCUCGAAACCGACGGAGACGGGCAAAGGCUUUGUUGGACUUUGAGCGUCACGAUGAUGAUGAACUGGGCUUCAGAAAGAAUGACAUCAUCACUAUUGUUUCACAGAAAGAUGAACACUGUUGGGUUGGUGAGCUCAAUGGCCUUAGAGGUUGGUUUCCAGCAAAGUUUGUGGAGAUUUUAGAUGAAAGAAGCAAGGAGUACUCCCUAGCUGGCGAUGACUCUGUGACAGAGGCAGUGACAGACCUGGUCAGAGGCACUCUGUGUCCAGCUCUGAAGGCCAUCUUUCAGCACGGACUGAAAAAACCAUCUAUACUAGGAGGGCCGUGUCACCCGUGGUUAUUCAUAGAAGAGGCAGCCAGCAGGGAGGUUGAGAGAGACUUCAACUCGGUAUAUUCUAGACUUGUGCUGUGCAAAACAUACAGGUUAGAUGAAGAUGGGAAAGUACUAACACCAGAGGAGCUGCUGUACAGAGCGGUGCAGUCAGUCAACAUGAGUCACGACUCUGCACAUGCUCAGAUGGAUGUCAAGUUUAGGUCCCUUGUCUGUGUUGGCCUGAAUGAGCAGGUGCUGCAUCUGUGGUUGGAGGUGUUGUGUUCCAGCAUGGCUGCUGUAGAAAAGUGGUAUCAUCCCUGGUCAUUCCUUCGUAGUCCGGGAUGGGUCCAGAUCAAGUGUGAGCUCAGGGUCCUGUCAAAGUUUGCCUUCAGUCUCUCUCAAGACUGUGAGCUGCCUGACAAGAAAGAGGAGAAGGAGCAGAAACCUCUAAAGGAAGGAGUGCAGGAUAUGUUGGUGAAACAUCACCUCUUCAGCUGGGACAUUGAUGGCUGAAGACAGAAAUGGCUAAAACUUAUCCUGAGCUUGGUAUCUGUGUAUAUUUUAUGUCUCUGUGGCUGUUGUUUACAGCAGCAAAUCAAACUCAGACACUAAUGUCAGCUACAGCAGGUGGCUCCUUUACACCCUUUCCCUCCUGUUGGCACUGACCACUGAAAACACUCAAAUAAUGACUGAAACUAGUAAAGUGAAAGUGGUUUGUUCAGGACUUGCUGAAGCAUGGGAACAUGUUGGUUCACACUUUAUUUGCACCCUUUAAACAAGGUUUCAUAACAAGGUUAAAUAUAUAAAUAUAUGAAACUUCUAUAGUACAGAAUGGUCUGUACUACUUUCCCAACAAGAGUUUUUUUUUUCUUUGUUACUCACUACUUAGUCCAUUCAGUCUGCUUAACUUUAAGAGUUAGACAUUGUCUUCUUUCUCGCACAUUCUGUUAAUCACUAAGAAACAAGAUUUUUUUUAACAUAAUCCUUAAUUCUUCAUCACUGUCAAUUCCCAAAUAUCAAGACCAAAUGGAGCAUUCCUAAACACAGAGUUGUAAAGAUAUAAACUAUUUUUGAGAGUAAUGCUACUUUCCUCAAUAUCCUGAGAUCUACAAAGUAUUUCAUGUUAACCUACUGUAAUGUUGCACAUGCCAACUAAAGCCUUUUCAUUAAAAACUAUGUGUGCUACCUUGACAGUGGUAGUGAAAAUGCACUUGUAUAAUAUAAUGUACACAAAGUACAUACUUUUUGUGUUACAUAAUACAUGAUACAUAAAAUAUAGAUGCAUAUAUAUGAUCUAUACUUUGCUGUUUUUCUUUUUUCCUCCUUGUAAAUGGAUAUAUUUGUUGUUUGUGACUAAAUGUGGCAAGGUAAAGGAAAUUAAGCUUGG